AUGCAUUUCAAGACUUUUUUUGCCCUUCUUUUCCUCAGCCCAGCCUUGGCUAGUCCCGUCGCUUCGGACGAUGCCUCGGACGAUGAUAUGGCGCAGUUAGAGGCUCUCGCCGAAAGCCUCACCGUGCCGGCCGAAACCACCACAUCAUCAGUGCCCAACUCUAUCCUCUCGGUGCUGGAAACCGCUAUCCCUGCUUCAUGGUACGAGGAAAUCAUGGAUCCUACCUCUCGCUCCUCGCUCGUCAGCGAGAUCGAAGCCGGCACCCUACCAGCCUGGUACAAUGCUCUCCCGAGCAGCGUGAAAGCCUGGGCUUCCGCUCAAGGUGGCUUUGCUGAGAAUUUCGUUGGUGCCACCUCGGCAGCCUCUGAUGACGCGACUACGGUUGGAGAUGCUACGCCUGCCAUUACUUCUGCUAUCAACACAGCAGCCGCCACAGCUACUCAGACAGGGGCUACUUCCAGCGAUAAAGUGGCCACUGGCACUGUUUCUACUUCCGAGACAUUUACUGCUUCUGCUUCUGCUUCCACUUCGCCUUCAACUGCUACCUCGACUGGAGGGGCACCCGUUGCGACUGCGGGUGUCGCUAUGAGCUUUGCUGGUGCUGUUGGUCUGUUAGGCCUUGCAAUUGCUCUAUAA